AGUCAAUGACAGGGAGACAAUGUUAAUGUCCACUUCACUCAGUGAAAAGCAAUCAAUGCUCCGGGCUCACAACUGAGCAGAAACCUAUCUAUUUAUAGCUUUUUGUAGCCUCAGAGGUUUAAUCAUUCAAAAGUAUUGAGUGUGAACACUUUGGCCAAUUAGGCCAGAGCCUCAGUGUGUCACACUUAAACUGGAUACAGGACACGCCAGUGCACUGCAGCAGGCACACACUGAGCAGUUAUUGUUCCCAUCUAGAAAUAAAACCCCAAAAGAGCCCAAAGAGCGCGUUGCCUAAUUGGGUGAAGGGUUGAGGAAAAUCUGUCUGAUUAGCCCUCUCCAACAGACGGGGAUUAAGCUUUUGGUCUGUAAUUAUUAUGAAGCAUACGUCAGCAGAUAUCCACCCAUUUCAGAGAGACAGUGGAGCGGAGGGAUGUCCUGCUAGGUGACUGAGCUCCCCGUGAGGCCCCGGUCAGACGUGGAGAGAGACCCACGGAUAGGAGCAGGAACAGGAAUAUCCUCCUGAGUCAGUGCCACGACGCUGACACACCACACUCCCCCGGCAGGGCUGCCUCUGCUCCCUUAAUAAGCAUCCUAUGCUAUUCUGCUCAAGAUGGCGGUGCAGGCAGCGGAAAAGGACGGAAUAGUGCUGAAGAACGUGGAGGAUGACCAUCUGAACGACUCGCUGGAGAACCCCGGCCUCAUCUCACCUGACAAGGAGGAUAUAUCUCGUCUGCUGACGGUGCCAUUCAGCGGACGCAUCCGGGGCGGCAUGCGGCCAGGGAAGAAGAUUAUAGUGAUGGGCAUUGUCGAAUUGGAGCCAGACAGCUUUGACGUGAGCCUGACCUGCGGCCGGGACUCAGAGGAAGAGACUCCACAUGACGUGGCCCUGAAACUCACUGCCCGCUUCACUGACCGGCAGUUCCUACGCAACGCCCGCAUCUCUGGGAAGUGGACACAGGAGGAGGCGUCCACCGCCUACUUUCCCUUCAUCCCUGAUCAGCCUUUUAGGAUUGAGAUCCACUGUGAGCACCAGAGGUUCCGGAUAUUCGUGGACGGACACCAGCUCUUUGACUUUUAUCACAAAGUAAAAUCUUUGACCUCUAUCGACACAGUACGGAUACAAGGAGACCUACAGAUCACCAAGCUCGGUUAACGCCCCACCCCUCCUGCUCUGCAAGUCGUGUGUGAAGCAAGGACUUGACCACAGAUGACCAUCUUAACACACACACACACACACACACACACACACACACACACGUGCGCCUGUUACGUCAUCACCCAUAACCCAUCAUGCAACUCUGCGGCAGCAUGACAACUGGAAAAAGUUAGAGUUCUUCUGCUACAUUCUCAUUCACUUCUUUCCAUUCCUUUGUAUCGAACCAGGGUUUGAUGUGAUGAUGCUUCGAGGGUGAAUGUGUUUGCUCCGUUUUCAGGUUUUUCUCUUUGUAGCCCCAGUUUUGUCAGAUCAGGGAUCUCACGGCUUAUUAAUAGCACAUUCAUUUUUUAUGUCGAAUCCUUUAGGGAUGCUGAGGUAGAGGCAGGUGUUUUCGAGGAUGGAAUAUUAACUUGGAUGUUAUGGUAACCAGUUACUCAGGAACAAAAAUCUGGCUCUGAGCUGCUAAUGUGAAAGCAAAGUGUUGAAAUUAGAUUUUUAAUUCUGCAACUUGAGAGCAUAUAAAAAUCUUCCAGAAUGUUUUGGAUUAACUGGAAUAUGCAUGUUGAUCAAGCUGGAAAUAGACGCUGAUCAUAGUAGUGUUUUCACCCACCAACAGUGGCUGUAAAAUCCUGCAGUAUUGGACCUGAGCAGUGUUAAGAUAUUCAAUUUGAGCCUUGACUAAUUCCCACAAGGGCUGGAACGUGGUUUUCAUAUCAGAUGAAACUGGUUUAAAGCCAAAUGUUGCAGGUUGUUUGACGCUUUCAGAUUUGAUUUCACCCCAGCUGUAUUUAUUGUCGCAGUUAUCCUCCAAAACCCAAUUUUCUGCUCACAGCAGAGCACAGUAUUACACCCAGUUUUCUCUGUGCUGAUGUAUCUCCAGCUCCGUAUAGGCACUCCCCUGCCCUCCCUUGGGUUUAACCUAGUUGUCACGGUAACAAGCUGCACACUCAUCGACCUAAAUCCCCCAAAAUGAGGAUUAUAUCAUGAAGAGAUGUAGCAGGAAGCGUCCCGUACUGUACACUGUGCGUGUUGGUUGUGUUAGCGAUCACUGCGGCCAUUCUGUAAAUAGAAAGUCCCAUGUGCUGAACAGGAAGUAGAAUUAUGAUGUUUGCUUUGUGGGCAAGGAGAGAGGAGAAAUGGUUUUUAAAUGAGUUUGAAAAUUGGACUCUGCUCUCUGCAAACCUCAUCUGAAUUGUACACUAAACCGAUAUGCAACUAAUUCUAAUUUAAAAAACACUCUUCAGUAUAGUAAGAAGAAACGGUCAAAGUGAAACCUUCAGCCAUGUUCAACAGUCGGCCGGUUGUUAAGAAGCAGGAUCGGAUCCUGGUGGUAUUCUGAAUGUAUAGUAUUCAUGUUUCUAUAGUAGCAUAGAAGAUAUAGUGAUGCACAAAAUUAUUACUUACUGUCACAGGUUUUUUGUGGUACGGCUGGUGCUGUUAUAGUCCAUUUUCAGUCCUACAUUAUGUCUCGUGUUUUUAAAAUGUUUCCUGAGUCAUUCCACUUCAGCGUUUUGUCCACACUGAGACUUAAAGACGUUAUAAAGCAGGUACAUCCUUGUUUGAUGCAGCUAGCAGGUUUUUAUAAGCCUAACAUACACAGCAAUGUCUCUUUAAGCAUUCCACUCUGAACAGGAUGUCACUGAGGCAGAAAGGAAGUUAUAAUCACUACACAGUAAAAGCAGAUGCUACCUGCAAGCAAGACCCACAGUAUUAAUAGAACUAUGUCUGAAAGGGUAACUUCAUUAUUUUUCAACUUGGCCUUUAUUUACACUUGUUUUUGUGUCUAAAUUACUAAAGAGAACCGUUUUUGAAAUUGGUCCUAUACUGAGUAAGAGAGCUGCAGCCAGCAGCCGUGAAAAAGGCUGCAGUGUAACCAUUUAGUGCAUGUUUGCACCAUCAGUUUACGUCCACUAAAAGUGCUUGUAUUUGCCACUAACAUGCUCAGACUGUUGUUCUAGGUGUCUGACAGUCAGUGGAAAGAAUCCUACAGAGAUAGACCUUUUUGUUAAGGAGUAAAAUCCUUUUUGUUUAACCAGGAACAGCCACAAAAUUGCCACUGCUACUUCCACCAGACUGCAUGUAAAUAAACCGCAGUUUUAGCAUGUGUAGAGACAGCAUAUUUUGACAUGUAACUGGGUGGAUUAAGAAUUUAUUUCAACCAAAACAGAGUCAGUGAUUGUUUGAACAGUGGAAAGAUGAGCCAAGAGUCUGGUGGAAUUGGCAAUGGUGAUUUUAGGGCUGUUUCUGGUUAACCAAAAAGGAUCUUACUUUAUAACAAAAAGGUCUAUAUCUGUGGGGCUUCUGUCCAUAAUGUGCCAGACUCUUCCGAUAAUAAUCUGAACAUGUCAGUGGCAAAAACAAGCACUUUUAGUGGACUUAAAUUGAUAGUGCGAGCAUGUUUCGCUGCUGCCAUCUACAGUGCUCUCGCUCAAUACUGGAUCAUUUUCAAAAAUUGUUGAUCCCAUUUGUCACGCAGACACAAAAUCAGGGAAAAAUGGGGUCCAGGUUGAAAAAUAGCAAACUUUUUUUAAAGGUGCUCCGCUUACACACACAGUAGAACUAGGUACGAAUUUCACUACAAAGCCUUCCAGGCACCAUUUUCUAAUACAGGGUUUAUAAGAUGUAAAUUAUGGCUUUAUUAAUUAAUGGUAAAUUAUAAACUAAUGCUUUACAAGCCAACAAUAAGAACAGCUUUUCGGCUCCCAGGUUGUGAAAAAUCCAAUUUCUGUUUCUUUUGCAUUUGGUUUAUGCAGUUAUUAAUGUGGAUAAACUAUCUAGUAAACCAUUAGUUCUGCAGUUAUAAGUAUUGAUGAAUAAUUGGCAAGGAUUCCUGACUUUCUUACUUUAUAAUAAUGGUCUUAAUGGUAAUGUGCAUCAAAAAGCUAAAAGGAGAAAGCGAGCAUCAUUCUGCAGGAGGAUCAGCCAAGGGGAUUUUUCCUAUUAAUGACUUAUGACCCAUAAAACAUUAGGAAAAUGUUUAUUUGACCAUGACUAAAGUCAUUAUUUACAACUUAUAAACCCUUUGUAAAUCCCUAAAGGAUGACUCACUAAUAGAAAUUUAUAAAUGGCUUGGACCAAGCGUGAGAAGAUUUGAUCGUCUUUGGAGACAGAUGUUCAACUUCAUAUCAAACGGAAACUGUAAUGCAUGCUCUUAAUGCUGUGUCACCGUUCCCAUCCACUUUUUGAGCAGCUCAACACAGCAAAGCAAACACUAGUAAGCAGUUUGCUACACAGAAGUACCGUUAAAACACUUAACAUUGGAUCAACACAAGCUCAUUUUUCCAUCACCUUUUGCUGCUGUGAAUUCAGAGUAAGCUGAGACAUCUGUGCAGAACAGUUGCACAGACUUUGCUGCAGGGCGCUCGGUAAUUGAUGCAUACCUUUGCUCACACUAAUGAAGCUUCCUUUCUAAGAUUUCUGAGCAAACUUUUAAGGAAACCUCUUUGUAGAACAUCACGUUACCGUCUGUGCACAGUGGGCUGCAGCUGUGUGCAGCACUCAUCAGAGCACAGAGAGGCUUUCUAUACAUGCACUGAGUAUUUAUUGGCUCCUUUCACAUAGCAAUAAGGUCGCUGCUUGAAGACUGACUGCACCGGAGUAGGACUUGUUUUCUCCUGGUUGGUCAGACAGGGUCUUCCUCAGCUCCUCGUUUUUGCUUGGCGAGCGCUGGUUUAUUUUCAGACACAAACAGGAAAUGACUACAGUUUGUUAUGAGAGGGCAGCGAGAAGUGCAGUUUGAAAGAAUGUGAGCCAGUGUGAUGCAUUGUUAACUCCAGUAUUACAACAGAACAAAUGUGUACAAAUAACGUGUGAUUUUGUUGAUCGGGUGUUUUUUGGGGUUUUUUUGAUACUGUUUUUGUGUUCUUUCUAUUAACUGGUGACCAUCCAUUUGUAACGCAACAGUCUCCUGUAAUAACAUAAGAAGAAAAUGACCAGCAGUAUGUUUCAUGGACGUGUUAACAAGAUGUGUGUUAAAGUUUUCAGCUCCUCAGCUAGGAAUUAUGGGGGAGGGAGAUGAACAAUUCGAGACUCCCUGAAUUAAAGGGCUCUAACCAGGGAGUGCUUUUUGUGUAUGUGUGAGCGUGUGUGCGCAGGAGGCUAAGCAGGGAGUGUGUUUUCUCAACGUAGCACAGUUAACAGACUGUUUUCCAGCUGUGUGUUUUCUGCACAGUUGGGUGUGGUGCAGGUAUAAGCUGGCAUGGUACUUGAGCAGACUUAUGUGGUACUGUUGCACUUUAAAAAAGGUGUUGGUGUCCAUUUAAAGGAACAGUGUGUGAGGUUUAGGGGGAUUUAGUGGCAUCUAGUGGUGAGGAUUGCAGAUUGCAACCACCUGAAGCCACAGAGGCUUCCUCCUCUCUUUUAAAGAUUUAAGGCAGUAAAAUCACAGAAUAAAGCAGUUUCACAGUACAAAUUAGUGUUUCUCCAGCGCUGUUUUACUUGUCAGAGGCAAGCCACUAGGCCAGCACCUGCUCACCUUUUUUUCCUGACAACUUCAGAUCCCAACAUUCAGGAGGUUUUUACCAUGAGCCAAAUUAUCCGCAGAGGUCUUCUCCACAGUGCGUUGGAUCCAUACUAAAAAUGUACAUAAGAGCAAAAACCAAAAAUGGCAAGAAUAUAUUCGACAAUUUUUACAAUCAGGCUUUCACCUCACCAUCUGCAUCACCAAUUUCCCAUUUCCAAAACGUUUGUAAGCAUGGGACAAAGUUUCUCCCGUCAAGUCUGUUUUUAUAGAUAACAGCUUUUGUGUGGGAAGUUGCGUACGCCUCAUUCAGACCUCGUAUUGUGCAUACGCAAUGUUUCUAAAUGAGACACCAGGUGAUUUAAACCGGUAAAAACAGAAUAAAGCAGUUUCUCUUUUAAAAUCUGUGUUUUCUGAUGCUCUUGAUAUAGAGGGGCUUCUAACUACAGUUGCCAAUGCUAAAACACGAAAGGCCUUAUCUAAAACCAGUGUUUGGUUUGUCAACUCUGGGCUACUGUAGAAACAUGCCGGUGCAACAUUGAGAUCUCUGCAGACAAGGAGCCACUCUCUAUGUAGAUAUAAACGGCUCAUUCUAAGGUAACGAAAACACAAUGAUUCUUAAUUUUAGUUGAUUAUACACCAAAGAAAACUCCAUAAAUCCUACACACUGGACCUUUAAGGGACACAAAAGUGCUUAGUAUUCCAGUAAAAACAAGUUAAAAAAAAAAACAUUUUUGGUACAUGUCCUUAAAAAACUCAACACAUAUUUGUGCUUCUUCCUGAGUUAUAGUGUUAAAUACAACAAGUCCCAGUUUCUGAUCUCCUAAUGAUCCCAUAUAUUUUUAAGAUCCCAGAAAACUGUUAUUUUAAUUGUUCUGUAACCCUUUAAAAAUGCAACUGAAAAACUGAAUGUUAUCCUCUUCCUGAUUGUAAUCUGAUGAUAAAUACCCAGGUGGAAAUGCAGUUUAUUUACAGGCUGAUAUAUGAAAUAGACAACCCUUCCUACCCUCAGUUAAAAAUCGAAGGGUGUCUGAUGUAAAACAUGAUUUGACCCAGGUCUGUAUGUUAACCUGCUUUUGGACUUUGGAUGUACAUAUUAAUGAACGAGGCCUCACAGGCUUCUUUUCUACACGAGGGGCACCGAGCUGGUUUACAAGUGGAAAGCAUUUGGUUGUGCAUGUAAGCUUGUACCUGGCAUUUUGUAUACAUGAAAGAUUGAGGUAUUGUACUGCCAGUUUUUGUUCCAGUCAAGCAUGCUCUUUUUUUCCAUCUGCUUUAUAAGGUGUGUUCCUAGGGCAGAUUUUCCUUCGACCUGUUAUUGCCUGGUAUAUAUGAAGAUUUCAGUUAAUCACCAAAUUACAAUCUUUAAUUGACCCCUGACACUAAAGUAUGUAAAUCAAGCUUUUUCCCCCCUCGGACUUUUAAUAAAUAGAAAAACACAAUGACUUUCUAAAAAGUGCUAAAACCUACAUGACAUUUUGUGAGAGCGGCUCCAUCAUGAUGUCCAUUUAUGAAGUGUCCUGAGUAGAAGUAGGCUGAUCUGUUGCUAAUGUGUUGUGUGGUUGUACGAUCAUGACAUCAUUUCUAUUUAUUACAGUGUAACCAGCAGGGUUGUGUGUGGUAACGUCAUACCUACUGUAUUGGUACCGUACUAUUUUCUGCUGUUUAUAUGAAGGCAUCUUGAAAAGUUGUUUUUUAUAAUGAUGAAAGUAACUGAGGUCAGAUGUCACAUAUUGUACUUUCCUGUUUGACAAAAGGAGAUGUGUGAAAAGAGUAUUGGAUAAAAGAUUUCUUUUAACUGCAAAAAUCAAGGCUAACCAUCAUUUUGGCUUGUGUGUUUUCCGACUCUGAGGAUCACCAGGGUGUUUGCUGUUGUGACUUUGAUCUUCUGGAAGUCUUUUAUGUUACCAGGCAUAGUGUCGGCUGUUUGAUACGCUCUUUUUCAGCUGAGCAACUCUCUGUUCGCCACAAAAAAAGCUGCUCCACAAAAAAACAGGAGCACUUCUCUUUCUGUCAUGAUGCAAAUUCCUGAAAUAUCCCGAGAUGACCCUGAUUUUGUCUCAUUGAGAAUGUGCACUGGACCAGAGUUUAGAUGAAGACAGUACAUUCUAUCAUUGUGUUAGACCUCUCCAAAAGUUUUUUUUUUCUUUCUCCUCAUGCUUUUGUAAAAACAGCUACUUUGCAAACCAAUAAACUUCUCAUCUUGGAAAUGU